GCGGACCGGUAAGUGCCCCGGCAGGGGGAGGGGCGGCGCUGUCAUGGUGACGCAGGGAAUCAGGAAACCCUAUAGGGAUCAUCCUGCCUGGGGCACUGCUGUGUGGAUGUAGCUGAGCCGAGCUGGUGCUAUUGUAAACAUCUGGAGGUUACAAUCCUUCCGUCUUCAUGGCUGUGACCAGAACAUCGCAAAGGCGUCUAAUAGAAGGUGAAAUACGGAAACAGAAAAGGUUGUAAACAAGUUUUUAAGACGAGAAAUGGUUGAAGCUUUCCGGCCAACAGAAAAUAUGGGGGCAACUAUGGACAUCAGUGUGCCAGAAGACAUGGACGACUCUGAAACACAGUGGGGUUGGUUCUACUUGGCCGAAUGCGGUAAAUGGCAUAUGUUUGAGACGACAUCCACUUCCUGCUGUUCCAUAAGCAGCCAAGAGAUCGAACAACACUACAAGGUGAAUCCGCACGGGUCCGUAAACUUCAGAACCAUGAAGUUCAACUACACCUUAGAUUUUAUAGAAAUGAAACAGACCAAUCUAUGCACGGGGAAACAAAGGCCGGUGAAGCGUGCCCCUUUUUCCAUUUCUGCUUUCAGUUACAUCUGUGACAAUGGAUCUAUCCCUCUGCCGUCUCACUGGGAACACGUGAACAACUCUGAGCCCUAUCAGCUCGUCCCUGUGAUCAAGCGUUGUAAUGAGUACAAUGAAGUAGCCAAUAAGUUCGGGGAAUCCAUGGAUAAGAACCGGAUCUCAGAUAUCCAUAGGAUACAAAACCUAGAUUUAUGGGAGUUUUACUGCAGAAAGAAAGCCCAGCUGAAGAAGAAGAAGGGUCUGUCUGAGAUUGCAGAAGAGAUGCUGUUUCACGGGACUAGUAAUGAGUUUGUUAGGGCUAUUUGUAUCCAUAACUUCGACUGGAGAAUCAAUGGCAUACAUGGAGCCGUGUAUGGCAAAGGCACCUACUUUGCAAAGAACGCAGCUUUAUCGAGCCAGUACUGUAGAAACACCGGCAAGCACAGUUCAACGCUAAAACUGCACGGCGUGACCGGCGACUGCUGUCAGUUCUUCUCCAAGAAGUCCAUGUUUUUGGCCCGAGUCGUGGUGGGGGAAUACGCCGUCGGAGACAGCAAAUACAUCCGACCGCCAUCCAAAGACGGCAGCCUCACCAACCUGUACGACAGCUGUGUGGAUAAUCCCUUCUCGCCGCUCAUUUACGUCAUAUUCGACAGCAAUCAGAUCUACCCAGAAUAUCUAAUACACUUUGAUUGACACCUUAAUUUUUGGGGGGUUUGUUACUAACAUUAAGCAAAAUCUACUGUGAAAAGGUAUACGGUAAAAAUCUGAAGAUCCGGCGCUACCACAAAGCCUGUCGGGCCGGUUGGAUCGUAUACCUGUAACGCCCGGUACAAUCCAGGGUUCAUCCAGGACCACGCGCAGAAUUGUUUACUAUCCUGAAAGUCUAAAACUUUUUAAAGUGACUAUUCACGAAUCGGAGCGAUGCCAGACGAGACCGGAAAUCUUCAUUGGUAGAGUUGAAAUAUCCGAUGGAUAUCUUCACUAACAUGGAAACCCCGGGCGGUUACUUUGUGGGUUCAAAUCCCUUGUGGUUUGAACUUCGUUCCCCAAUUUUUGGAGGACUGGAAUAUAGAGUAGCGGCUCGCUGUGCAAGUCGGUAGCGGGCAAUGAGCUGUAAAAACAAUCGCCACAGAAAAGGAGGCUGUAAAAAAAAAAAAUGGGGUCUUGUCGGAAAAGUUCUAGCAGAGCUGAAUUUGUAAUGCAACUGCAUCGAUUUUGCAGGAGUUUUUUUAAAGGGUACCU